AUGGCAUCCAAGAAGCAAAAGUCCAAGAAGGUCGGAAAGACCAAGAUAAAGGCUGCUGCUGCGCCGAAGAGCAUCAAGAAACACGCCAGAGGGGGCAAGGGAAACAAGAACAAGCUAAAGGCUUCUGUUACUCCCAAAACUCGUCGAUCCGCUCGUCUUGCAUUCGCAGCGGAAGAGGUAGACCACCCAGUCCCGCAGAAGAAGAUAGAGGCUAAAAUCACUAAGGCUCAACCUUUUCGCAGCAUCUUCGAUAUCAAGUUGCCUGCACCUGCUGUGUCAACUAUCCCGGUCAAAGACCCAAUUAAAUCCGCCGCGGUGAAGAAAUCUCACAAACAGCCAGCAAAGAUUAUCAAGCCUGUGCAGAAUAAGAAGCCGAAUUUGGAGCGGGAGUCACGAAAGCGUUUCGCCGGGAAACCUUUUGCUCCAGAAGCGCCCAAGACAUUCGGAUAUGAUGGAGGUUCGCCCGAUUAUCUUCGAAAUGACCGUGUCUGGUUCUACGACGAGAAGCUCAGUAUCUACAGAAGGUGGUUCAUCGGACCAGAUGGAGGAUUAACAGAAUCCUUCCAUAUACUGCCGCCAGCUAAGGUCCUCAAGGAAUGGGAGGCCCUACUCAAAGUCAACUCUAUAACGCAUACUCCUCCAGACUAUGCUGUCUACAAGGAUAAAUCCGGGAACAUCGGGACAGUGAAGCUACCAAUCGUCAUUGUGCACUGCUGGAGUGCCAACAAAAUUUGCAAAUUGCCAGUGAAGACCCACAUACCGUUCAACCUUGACGCUCACAGGUCUCAGAUCUCAGAAAAGGAUAUCACGGAUCCCUGUAUAUACAUACCACACGAAGUAGUCUCGGAGAGGCGUAAACAGAAGCUUGCUUUGGUCAACGACACCGACCCAAGAGGUUUCCCCAAAUGCAUCAGCCGCACGCCUAUGCCCGCCUCGCCUGACGGUAAGCGGCUCACCAAGCCAAGAUCUUGGGAUGCAGCAUUCAAGUCUCUUGGCUGGUAUCAUCCAAAAGACAACUAUACCUUCUAUCCCGUACCAGAAGGUUACUCUCUGACCCUCAGAAGGCCUUUCGGCAUCAGCGGAACAGAACUGGAACAAUGGCACGAGGAUGCAGAGAACGGACCUCUUGCGGGACUCGCCAUUGCUGUCAGGGCUUAUGGUCCUGAGAAGCGGAAAUACCGCCUGAUUCAAAAACCAAGAACUCUACCCAAGUUUGGUGAGUCCUCGAGACCCCUACCCGAGUCUGGUGAGCCCUCCAAAACUCUGCCCAAAUUUGGUGAGCCCUCGGAAACUCUGCCCAAGUUUGGUGAGCCCAGAUUUGGUGAGCCCACAACUAUCUGGCCGACCAAGAAAAUCCAGACGAGAUCUCAGACAUCGCCGCUGCCAUUCACAAGAUCGAAAAGACGUACGGCAUCUGCUAUGAACAGUCCCUCUGAGCGCUUCUACACGAUCAGGAAGUACAGCGAUGCUGGAGAUAUUCCAGAGUGA